AUGGCUGCGACUCGUAACGCUCUGAACGACUUCGUUCUCACCCCGCAGCAGCAGAACCUGCUGUUCGCCGCGCUCAAUUCCAACAAGCCGGCCAGCGCCUCUCCUGCCAACAAUGCACUGAACCUGUCUCCAACCUCCUACAAUGACUCUCCCGUCCAAAGAUCAGACGCUAGUGGCUUUCAAGAGAGUCCCUACUUGGACUACGACUACGAGUUCAACGGCGACUCCAGCUUUGAUUUUGACUUCGCCAAUGGCGGCCAGCCCAAGAUGAUUGGUGAUCUGCCUGGCACAGAUGACACCUCCAAGGCUGAGUCGGAUGAUAACGACGGCAAUGAUAAGCGCAGUCAUCCGGAUGAUGAUGACGACGAUGAGGAGGAGAGCGCCAAGAGGCGUGAGAGCGGAGAGAAGACCGCGAAGAAGCCAGGUCGAAAGCCCCUCACCACAGAGCCCAGCUCGAAGCGAAAGGCUCAGAACCGAGCUGCCCAGAGGGCUUUCAGAGAACGAAAGGAGAAGCAUCUCAAGGACCUAGAGACUAAGGUCACGGAGCUUGAGAAGGCGUCUGAGGCUACAAAUCACGAGAACGGACUUCUCCGUGCUCAAGUCGACAAGAUGACUGUCGAGCUCCAAGAGUACAAGAAGAGAGUGGCACUGCUGGCCGGCUCUACUCGUGCGCCACCUCAACCCCAGAGGACUGCUUUUGGCCAAGCGGUCAUUAACAACCUCAACGAUGUCAACUUCCAGUUUGAGUUCCCCAAGUUUGGUGCUCUUCCUGGCCCUCCGCAGCCGAGCACCACUUCGCUGCAGAGUGCACGAUCAUCCCUGUCACAGUCUCCGAACCUCAACCGGUCUCCUAGCAGCCAGGUCAGCCCCAAUGACCAGGGCAAGGGCAGCGUUAGCUCUGCAAGCUCGCAUUAUACCAGCGGUCUUGAUGCCCAGACCAAGGAGGAUCUGGCCAAGUUCUCUGGCAUCUUCAGCCCUCCAUUGACAAAUAACAAUGUUUCCAAUGCUUCAAGGAGUAGCCUCGACUCUCACUACAGCGCUGCGGCAACCAACACUAGCUCCCCCUCGGCAUCAUCAAAUUCCAAUGGUGGCCCCAGUUCUUCGUGCGGAACUUCACCAGAGCCCUUCACUCAAUCUCCCAUGGGAUUCAAGCCUGUUGACACAAUGGCUACAAUUGGAGAGGAGCAGCCAUCUUUGGCUAACAACAAUCAAGAUUUUGGCCAUUUUGCCUCGAUUGACAUCAAUGAUAUCAACUUCCUGGCAUCUCAGAACAACUUCCAGUUCGAUCCCCAGCUGUUUGGAGACUACCGCGAGCCUCAGGAUAAUGUCCUUGGCAGCGGUGGUAUCGAUGAUAGCUUCUUCAAUGAUGCCUUUGAUAUGGAUUUCACAACGCCUUACAACGUGGCGUUCAACAGCCCCGCGACCACCAAGAAGGAUCUCCCCGCCCCAGGCGCAAGCAAGGAUCUGAUAGCUCAGAUCGACGCUGCCAAGGAGGGCGAUGAUGAGAUUGUGGGCGCUGACGGCCAAUUGCUGACAUGCAACAAGAUCUGGGAGAAACUGCAAAACUGCCCCAAGGUCCAGAACGGUGACUUCGACCUGGACGGCCUCUGCUCAGACCUGCAGAAGAAGGCCAAGUGCUCCGGCUCGGGAGCGGUGGUCAACGAGAAGGAUUUCAAGAACGUGAUGCAGAAGUACCUGGGCAAGACCGACAAGGAGAUGGAGCAAUGUACCGGCCCCAAGCUCACAGCAUGA